AUGAUCCUAAGCUUUUUUGACCAAUUCAUGAGCCCCACACACCUGGGAAUCCCCUUAAUUGCUCUAGCGCUCAGCCUUCCAUGAGUACUUAUCCCCACCCCCACUAACCGAUGGCUAAACAACCGCCUCUUGACCCUCCAAGGUUGAUUCAUUAACCGCUUUACACAACAACUCAUACUACCCAUCAAUCUCGGCGGACACAAAUGAGCUGUUCUGUUAACAGCCCUAAUGCUACUCCUAAUCACACUCAACCUACUCGGCCUCCUCCCCUACACCUUCACCCCUACAACUCAACUCUCCCUCAACAUGGGACUCGCCGUCCCCCUGUGACUAGCUACCGUAAUUAUUGGUAUACGAAACCAACCCACCGCCGCCCUAGGCCACCUACUGCCAGAAGGGACCCCCGUUCCCCUCAUCCCAGUUUUAAUUAUUAUCGAAACGAUCAGCCUAUUCAUCCGCCCCCUAGCACUAGGCGUUCGACUUACGGCAAACCUAACUGCAGGUCAUCUAUUAAUUCAACUAAUUGCCACUGCCGCCUUCGUACUCCUUCCAAUAAUACCUGCCGUAGCUAUUUUAACAUCAACGGUGUUAUUUCUACUAACCCUACUAGAAGUAGCUGUAGCAAUAAUUCAAGCAUACGUAUUUGUUCUUCUACUAAGUCUCUACCUACAAGAAAACGUUUAA